AUGGGCCUCAAUGUGACGACAUAUAUACGGGUCUGGGACGGGGGGCUUGCCAAAAUCUCACGGAAGUUCAACGUCUCACUCGUGAUAUGGGCACCUUAUUCCAUGGUCUAUCACUUUCGGAAGCAUCUAAUAAAUUUGCACGUCCAAGCGAGUGGCUUUGCUGCCAACGGUGGUGUGCAAACCUUUGACCAUGAUACCAGUAGCUCUACCUAUCGCUCUCAGAAUACUAGGGAACAUUUGCCAGUCACUGAAACGGUCAACAGCACGGCAAAAGUUGAUGCGCAAACCCAAACUACCUGCGAUACUGCUUCAAUACUCCUACUACCUCUUGGAUACAUAAUUAUAAAUUAUCUUGCCCACAGGUCUGCCCAAGAUGGUGUGGAGUUUCUUUGCAUCAAGCUGCAGUGGCAUUCUCAAGCUGAGCUUGGACGAUUUGCUCCGGAUAUGCUGAACGAGUAUAUCCACAAACAAGGUCUUUAA